GCCAAACAAAGCGUAUGCGCGGUUUGCUGCUCCCUGUCGUGCAUUUUUAAUCGCGAGCAGGAUGUCACCGGGAGGGAACAUACAGGUUUGGUGUUACCGGCUCAUUUACUAAAACCGCAGCAUUAACACGAGACGAAAAGAGGUGUCGAAGCAAGACAUCGGCGACUGAGCGACGAGACGCGUCUAUCCAUCCAUCCUGCAGCGGGAAUCCACCUGACUCUGUAUCUGCGCAUGAUGCAUUGCAGCACUUUAGGGGAAAUGGUUGUGUUUAGCCUAAUUAUGAGAAUAGAGUAUCCGAUCCGAGAUGUAGGUUGGGUUCUUUAGCUACAGUCCCUUUCAUUUGUACUGGAUUCCGCAACAACAUCCAAGCUGGCGACCUGCAUCAUGGGCCCCAUCAUGCAGGAGCGCACAGCAGGCACGACCCUCAAACGCGCUGUUUCCAAAGAUAAGAUCCGGGUGAAAAAUACUGAAAAUGCGGGGCCAGUAACCAGUUCAAAGAAAGGCAACAAGGUGAAGAAAGCAUCGACAGUGAAAAACGGCCUCCCAGGACCAGGUCAGGAAAAGGACCCAGUGGCACCAGUGCAAAAGGGUGCACACUCCAAGGGUGUGAAGCUCAAGUCUGGAGCCUCAAAGAACACAAACAAGCUGUCAAGCCCUGAAGAUGAAGGAGUUAUAAAACCACAACUCCGAAAGCACUCAUCGUCUCACAGAAAAGAGGAAAAGCGAGAAAUCCAGCGUUUGUCCCAAUGCAGCAUCGAUAUGAACCAGAAAUGUGGGGCGAUGGGGAAGAAUCGACGUGCCCUGUCCUUGCCCCUUUCACCAAUUUCUCCAGGCCUACGUCAGAUGCCAGCACACCCUCUCACUCACUCUCCUGUCCCCACCCCAGAGGCCCUUCAGCGACAUUACAACCAGAAGGAGGACGACACAGACAGCGCCAGUGAUCUUUCUGAUUCGGAAAGGCUCCCUAUACUGCCAUCCCCCUGUACUCCCUGCACCCCUCCUCAUCUCAAUCUCCGCGCUGAAGUCAUCAACACCCUCGACUUACCUCCAGACUUCCCGGGACCAAGAGGGUCCGAAACAGAUGACGAAGAAGAUGACUAUGACAAAACAAACUACAGCUACCCAGAUUUCCUGCCUCCUCCAUUUAACAGCUGGAGCUUAAGACAGCUUGCAGUCUUCAUUCACACAGAGGGUCGUGGUGCACCUCGACCAAAACCUGUGGGGCCUUUAGAGAAGUAUCUAGAGAGGCUGCUGCAGCUAGAGUGGCUUCAAAUCCAAACAGUACAAGUGGAAAGUAGUCGUCCUCCUGGAACAAGGCAGAGACCUCAGGGGUUCCCCUCUGCUACCCUGGCUCACCUGCCCAGACCCCACACUGCACCUUCAUCCCGGUUAAACUCUCCAAAAGGUGUUCGUCAUAACCAGAGAGGAUUCCCAUUCACUCCUGUCAACAACCCACCAUCUCCCGCCACUGCGUCACGGUUGCCUGUGUGCCCUCAUUGCCACAUCCGAUAUCCUUUGUGUAAUGGUACCUGCUCUGCCUAUGUCUACCAGCGCCACUCCAGACUCAGCCCGUUAAUGGAGAGAAAAGCCAGACCUGGGGCGCCCAUCAAGAGAAGCAGCAGUGAGACACGCACUAACUCCACUGAAGGCAGAAGUCCUGGUGGACCUCAAACUCCUGUCAGCCCAUCUGCAGCAAAGAGCCAUCUCAGACACAUGCAGGCAGCCGGCAAUGCACGGAAACCAUCCCAAGAUGGUGGCACUGAUAAGAGGGCACCUGUGAGGAGGAGCCGUGUGCGGGCCAACUCCGAGACGGAUGUGAAGAAGGAGCCUGCUGGGUUUAAAGCCACAAGUGCUGAGAAACAUGCUUUUGCUGCCAGUAAGAGAGAGGUCCUCACUGCAAAGAGGGUAGAGAAGGACUGGCAGAGAGGAGAGGCAGGGGGUCAGCCUACCAAAACUGCCAUAAAAAGAGCGGCUAAAGAGCCACAGUCCUCCAAAGCACCUCUAAGUAGUAAGCAUAUUGGCAAAACUAAAAAUGUGCACUUUGUCUCAAAGUAAUCUCUUUGGUUUAUUGUGCUCUAUAGGCAUGGGACGGCAGCACAUUUACAGCUAUGUUAAGACAAAUAGAUCUGUUUUGAUUGGUGUAUGGUAAAUAUAUUAUUCCAAUAAAUACUUAUAGGUUGCAGGAUUCUUUUUUGUCUCCUUAUGUUUUUAACUUACUAUAGUAUUAAUCCUUCUUUAAGUCUUGUUUCUUUAUUCCUUCAUAAAUAUAAAUAUUUUAUGUUUAGAUAAUAGACUGAGCAAAUCUGAAGUAAAGUAGUAGAGGCUUUACCUUAUUGUGAAGGUUGGUGAUAAAUGUAGGAUUUGUGGCUGACAUUAGUAGUACUAAUAAUAAUGCAUUAGUUCUCCCAUGCCUAUAGCAUCACAAAGAGGUUACUUGGUACAGCUUGAAACUAUGCUUGCUUUUUGUGUAAUCUGUAUGAUACUAACACAUUGUAACUGUUGUACAGCAGUCUAAACCAGUCAGUAGUCUCCACUGCCUUCUAAAGGUCACAACUUCAAAGGACAAGCAGCUAUAAUAAUAAUAAUAACAACCAAGAAAUAACAUCAUAAAACAUUCACUUAACAAUAGAUGCUUAGUUAACGGGUCAUGUACAGGAAACAUCAAACCCAGAGUACAAAGCUUUUGCUCUCAGUCUUCUCUCUGUGUAUGCUACUAAUGUAUAUUCUAUUGAACUAAUGUACUAAUAAGCUUCAAUACUUCUACUGCUAUAACUUCUUUCACCAUAAGUACCUAAUUGUGGCAUUCAACAUUGUAACAGCAUUUCAUUCAUCAUCCAAAGCAACUGUAGCUGUUUUAGUGGAGUUUUGAAUGUGGGAAUGUAUGUGUUAAAAUGUACAUUAUUUGUUGUUGCUCUACUUUCUUUGGGGCCUCGUGCUUUAAAAUAAAUUUCAAAAUGAGGCGCAGUAAACGUCAUUUGCUGCAGUUAUGUAAUGAUUUUCAAAAGUCCCAGUGCAAUGGUUGGUUUUACAGUUUUUGUUACAAGGGCUUUUCAUCUUUGAACAGCUUGAAUUGUAGUCUCUGAAACUGUAUUUUGCCUACAGCCGAUCUCUUUCUAUUUAUUGAAGACCGUGUAAUGUUUGCUACAAAUGUAAAUGCAUAUUUUUCCAAUUUUUAUAUAUCAUAGUUAUAUUUAUGAAAAUUGUUGUGGUUGACUUGUAUUGGUCAUUUGGUCAUUUAUGUUGUUUACAUCAUUGCACACUUAAGAUGUUAAUGUAAUGUGAAAAUGAAUGUAUAUUUUAUGUCUUCAGCUGUACCAUUGAUUGACUGAAUGAACUGUCACAUGUCACCUUUGGGUGCCACCACAGAUAAUGUUGCAUCACCUCCAUUUUCCACUGCAUACUUGACGUCUUAUAAGACACUUGUGUUUACAUUGGAGCGUCUUGAACAUUUUCUUGUGCUGUACCACUUGAUUUAUGAAAA